UGCUGCAGGCGGAGUCUGCCGGUCUGAACCCUCUCUUUCAGUCUGGCUGGCUGCUGUCCUGUCAUCGGCCUGGGUGUGGUUUUUUUUUGCAGUCAGGGGUACCGUUAGCAGGAAAUUAAGCUCCAGUCCGUUUCACUGAAAGGCGAAACAAAGAAAAAACACUCCUCCCGCGAGCGUCAGGUAGAAACCAGUUGGUUGAACUGAAGCUAACGGUUUGUUUCCUCGAGACGGUGACGCGUUUGAUUGGCGCCGUUGUUCUGAUGGGAAAAAGUUUCCUCCGGUCUAACUGAUCCUCUGAUUUAAGAACUCUUUUUACCACAAAGCUUGAAGCGGACGAAGAAAAGAGCAAGAUGCCAAAAACGAUAAGUGUUCGAGUCACCACAAUGGAUGCGGAACUGGAGUUCGCCAUUCAGCCCAAUACAACAGGGAAACAACUGUUUGACCAGGUUGUGAAGACCAUCGGGCUUCGAGAGGUUUGGUACUUUGGGCUCCAGUACCAGGACAAGGGUUUCUCCACAUGGCUCAAGCUCAAUAAGAAGGUGACAGCCCAGGAUGUGAGGAAGGAAAGCCCGCUGCUGUUUAAGUUUCGUGCUAAGUUCUUCCCCGAGGAUGUGUCCGAGGAGUUGAUUCAGGAUGCCACACAGCGCCUGUUCUUCCUGCAGGUGAAGGAGGGAAUCUUAAAUGACGACAUCUACUGCCCACCAGAGACCGCUGUCCUGCUGGCCUCAUACGCCGUGCAGGCCAAGUAUGCUGACUACAACAAGGAAGUCCACACUCCUGGCUACCUGUCCAGCGAGCAGCUGCUGCCUCAGAGAGUUCUGGACCAGCACAAACUCAACAAGGAGCAGUGGGAGGAGAGGAUUCAGGUGUGGCAUGAGGAACACAAGGGGAUGAUAAGGGAGGAAUCCAUGAUGGAGUAUCUGAAGAUCGCUCAAGAUUUGGAGAUGUAUGGUGUCAACUACUUCAACAUCAAGAACAAGAAAGGAACAGAGCUGUUUGGGAGUGGAUGCUUUGGGCCUCACAUUUACGAACAGAACGACAAAAUGACGCCGAAAAUUGGAUUCCCUUGGAGUGAAAUCAGGAACAUUUCCUUCAAUGACAAGAAGUUUGUCAUCAAACCGAUUGACAAGAAAGCCCCUGAUUUUGUAUUCUAUGCUCCGAGACUGCGCAUCAACAAGCGCAUCCUGGCUCUGUGCAUGGGCAACCAUGAGCUGUACAUGCGCCGCCGCAAACCUGACACCAUUGAAGUGCAGCAGAUGAAGGCUCAGGCUCGUGAGGAGAAGAAUCACAAAAAGAUGGAGAGAGCUCUGCUGGAGAAUGAAAAGAGGAAAAGAGAGCUUGCAGAGAAGGAAAAAGAAAAGAUUGAGAGGGAAAAAGAGGAGUUGAUGGAGAGAUUAAAGCAGAUUGAAGAGCAGACGAAAAAGGCCCAACAAGAGCUGGAGGAGCAGACACAACGAGCUCUGGAGCUUGAUCUGGAGAGGAAGCGCUCUCAGGAGGAUGCAGAACGCUUGGAGUCCGAGUUGAAGGGGGCUGAGGACGCCAAGUUGGCCCUGCUGCAGCAGUCCGAGAAUCAGAUGAAGAACCAAGAGCACCUGGCCACGGAGCUGGCUGACCUGACUUCCAAGAUUUCCCUCCUGGAGGAUGCCAAGAAGAAGAAAGAAGAUGAGGCAGAGCAGUGGCAAACCAAGGCCACCAUGGUGCAGGAGGAUCUUGAGAAGACCAAAGAAGAGCUCAAAAACAAAGUGAUGGCAGCUCACGUUCAGGAGCCCCUCAACGCUGAAAACGAGCACGAUGAGAACGAUGAGAGCAGCGCCGAGGCCAGCGCUGAGUUCACGGCUGCUGCCACGUACAAGGACCGCAGCGAGGAAGAGCGUAUGACUGAGGCGGAGAAGAACGAACGUCUGCAGAAACAUUUACUGGCUCUGAGCUCAGAGUUGGCUAACGCUCGAGACGAGACCAAGAAGACGGUGAAUGACAUGAUCCACGCAGAGAACAUGAAAGCAGGACGAGACAAGUACAAGACCCUCAGACAGAUCCGGUCAGGAAACACCAAACAGCGCAUCGAUGAGUUUGAGUGCAUGUGAUGUCUGCAUUCACUAAUUGCAAGGGCCACACAGCUGAGCCAGUUUGCCUGGACUGCAGUCCUGCCUCACUCCAGCUGUUUCCUUUCUGCCCACAUAAAAUCAGAUCCGAAACAUGACGUGAUUACAAAAGCACAGCACAAUGUACAAAUAUGGAUCUGGAAUACUCCAUUUGUUAUCAUUCCUAACUUUGAAUUUUGGCAAGUCACUGGUUGAAAAGGGACAUACUGUGUUUUAUUAGUACAUUCCUCACAAGAUUUUUUUUGUAGCAUAUUAUCAGUGGGCUCAUGCCUCACUUCAUGACAAAUUGAGUAAGCAUUUUUAAUUUCUUUUGAUGUUUUUUUGUCACAUUUUUGUAUCAUGAUUUAAAAACAAAAGAUCAAAGACAAAUCUAAAUUUCAGCUUGCCUAGACAUAUCUCUGCUGUAAACAUGCAACGGUUGCUUAUAGCAAGCUGAUUUUUUUAAGACUAAUAUUUCUCCUAUGAUCCAUCGCCUGUAGUUUUAAAUGCACUGUAGUCUACACAAGAAAAUGCAUAUCAAAUGAUUCUGAAGUGCCUGUGUGGAGCAUUAAUAGAUCAGUAUUAUUUUUUUAAAUGUAGUUUUUUUUUACUUCUCAUUUGAGUGUAUUCAAUGGGCAAGCUGUAACAGACAGUAUUAGAACCCCCUUUGACCAAAUCCUCAGAUCAAAUAGAUUCAAUAUCUAAUCGGAGUUCACACCUGUUAACACAUGCAAGACAGGAUUUACAGUAAAUGUUUCAUUUAUGCAGAUGCUAAAUUGUAAACAUAACAAACAUGACAUGGCACAAUCCUGAAUCCUGGAAACCUGAGUGGUUUUCAUGUACUCAGUUUGAGAUCAAUGAGGGUGAACUUUUGAGCACAAUCAGGCUCUGUGAUCCUCUAAAGAAAACAGAGUUGUAUCUACAUUAUGAAAAAAGUCUGCUGUCUCAAAAAAAUGAAGUCACCAGUUGUUAACAUACAUACACUGCAUAAAUGAAGCAAACUUAAUUAAUAAAAGCAAAUGCAAAUCAUAGUCUGGUGGUCUAUAAUGAGGCACAUCUGUCAAAAUUCUAACAUUUGACCACCUUUAUUUGACUGAAUUGAUAUGAGUGUCAUUGUCAAUUGAUGCAGCAUUUCAUUUAAACAUUCAACUAGAUUGUACCUUCUUUUGUUUCAUUCAUAUAACCAGUGCAGCAUAAGAGUUGCAGUCUAGUCUAGGUGUCACUUGUCAUGAAGGCUGUUCGUGGUAAAUGAAUACAUCCACUCAAAUCAUGGAGGACUUGACUUUUAAAAAAGGAUAAUUCCAUUCAAGAUGCACUGGAAAAACAUAGUUUAACUAUAAAAUGAGUCGGAAAAAAAAGUUGCUGAUUCCAAUGCAUGCAUUUUUGAUAUACUGUACGUAUUUAAUAACAUUUGUGUAUUUUGUAAGUUGGAUCUUCAGUUUUGAUAAAAUUCUGGGAGGUGAAAGACAGACACCACUGAAAAUAUUUUGUACUACAGAAUGUAGAAAUACUUGUCGAAGAAAUAAACCCAGUGAACAGCUCCCUGCAGUGAUUUUAGCUUCUGGAAAAAGAAAAAAAAAACAAUUUCACCCACAACAAGAUGUUCUGAUACAAUCAAACACAAAAAAACGUACUACCUUACAUUUUCCAGUCGGACCUUUGAUGGAUUUUUGCUCAUUCACAUUACAUUAGUGAAAAAAAAUCCAGGAUCAAAGUAACUUUAUUUUAGUGAUAAAUAUUUUAGAAUUGUGUUCUGAUUUGAAAUGAUCUUUUGUCAUUCAUACAGACAUUUUGUUUUACAGCAUUCUUGCCCAUUGCUGCGUAUCGCUCUGUGCCUGCCACAAAAGAUAAAACUGCAGUUAUUGCAAUAUGCGAUACCUUUCCACUCCUUCAGCAGUGACUUCUGAUGUUUGUUCUGCCUAAAGUGCCAUGUAUUAACAGCCCUCGUUUAAGAAUCAUGUUUUCAUGUGUGCAAAAGAAAUGUAUUCAAAGAUGCUACUCAGUAUUUUGUCUUGAAUCAAAAAGGACUGAAACGUAAUUGAUACUGUAAAUCCACAGACAGUGCCUUUGCAAGGUUUUCAUCGGUUGUUGCUGCUUCAAGUCUUCCUUUUACCAAUGAAUAAAAGUCCAUUUGAAAACA